AACAGUGUUCUUAGAGGCAGCCACACCUCAGCAAGGUCUUUUUAACUUGGGACAGCAAAGUUCAAAUGAACUAUUAGACACAAACUGCAAAAGAGUCCUGAACUGAGUUAGGAGGGGAAUCUUUACAGCACGAUUGCCCUCCACAGCUACUAGAAACGACAUGGAACUUUAAGGAGAGAAAAAGAAAAUGGACCAUCUCCCAUAACCCCUGGAAUGUGAUCCAAGCCUGGAGACAAAAUGAUGGUUUGCAGCUAGAAGACAAUAAAACUAGCAAUGGAACCACUAUAUGAGGAAUACCUAGCACAUGGUGGAACAAUAGUCAAACCUUAUUACUGGCUAAACUUCUCUCUAGAUUGCACCAACUGUCCUUACCAUAUUCGGACAGGUGAGGAAGCAAGAGUCCCCUACACAGAAUUUCAUCAGAUUUUUGGAUUCCCUUAUGGGCCAACAUAUCCUCAAACAAAACACCUCAUAUUUUAUGAACUCAAAAAUUCUUCUGGUAGCCUGGUGCAAAAGGGCCAUGCCAGCAACUGCACUGGGAAUGAUACCCACCCAGAAUCAAUGCUGUUUGAGACAAAUGGUUAUCUUGACUCCGCUGUGCACAACAACAGCAGCAUUAGGCACAUCAUCCUGUAUUCCAACAACUCCCCUUGUAAUGAAGCCAAACACUGCUGCAUCAGCAAAAUGUAUAAUUUCCUGAUGACGCACCCAGACGUCACUCUUAGUAUUUACUUUUCUCAGCUCUAUCAUACUGAGCACGAAUUUCCUGCCUCGRCGUGGAACCGUGAGGCUCUUCGGAGCCUGGCCAGCUUAUGGCCCCAGGUCACUCUGAGCCCAAUAAGUGGUGGGAUCUGGCACUCUCUUCUCGACAACUUUGUCAGUGGUGUCUCGGGACCCGCUGUUUUCCAGCCCAUUUUAACCAGGAGGGCCCUGGCUGACCGGCACAAUGCUUAUGAAAUCAACACCAUAACAGGAGUGAAACCUUACUUCACAGAUGCUCUUCCCCAGAAAAAAGAGAAUCAGAACUACCCCUUAAACCAUGUCCUCUCUGUACAGUCUUUCCAAGGGACAAGUAGACAACCACAGUYCAGCGUGACUCCAGACCUCAGGAAUCCUAUUGUCUUUGUGCUGGUCCCUUAUAGAGACCUACCACCAAUCCAUGUGGGUCAAAACCCUCACAAACCCAGGAAUGUGGUAAGGCACUUAAAUUUGCCUCAAAUGUCACUCCAGGAAAACAAAGACCUCAGAAAGACCAAGGGAGAUAAUGAAUCAGAAUGGUUUGCAAGGAGCAAAGAGGUAGAGGAAAAGAAGAAGAAGAAGAAGAAG